AUGGUUAGAAGUUGCUGUGCUGUGGGAUGUGCUAACCGUCAAGAGGGUGAAAAGAACAAUUUAACCUUUUAUCGCAUUCCAAAAGGGCGAACACCGAUCGAAAAACGACGGCGACAAGAUUGGUUGAGAGCGAUUAGGAGGGAUGACUGGAGGACUUGGAGUGAUGAAAAGAUUUCGAAAGCGUUUAUCUGUGCGGAGCAUUUUAUUUCAGGGAAAAGGAGUGACAACCCUGAUGAUGCAAACUGGAUUCCAGCAAUUUUCCAGCAUUCUACUGCCAAAGAGAUUGCUAGAGUAGAAAAUAAAAUUGAAAAGAAAGCCAGGUAUGAGGUGCUAAGGAAAAAGAGAGUAGGUGCACAGGCUCAAUGGAUGGUCACAAAUAAAACCAACACAGAGGCCACACAUUCUUCAAGCAGUGAUGAUGGAGGAGAGAGCAGGAUGUGUGAUGCUUAUACCCAGUUUGAUCCCACUGACACCAACAAAGAGAUCACAGUCCUUAAAGAUAAAAUAUCUUUGCUAGAUAAGGAGUUGAGGGCCAAGAAUGCUGAGCUUUGUAAACUAAGAGAGGAAAACAGAAAGCUUAAAAUGAGAAAAUUUUCAUUUGAGUCUCUCAAGGGAUCAAAGGAAAAACUUAAUUUUUAUACAG